AUGUACCUAAGAGACGCCGUGGUAUCAAGUACCGUGAGGGCAGAUAUCGUCACCGGCGGUCGUGUGAAAGUCACACCUGACUCUGGCACCCAAGCACCCAGGGCUACACCAGUCUCGGGCCCACAAACGCCUCGAGUGGUCGGGGGUAAAAAAGACUCCAGUGCCAUUGGUCGUGCCCGCUACUGGGCCAACUAUAUAAAUACAAAGAGUAAAUAG